AUAUGUAGUUGUGAUAUAUUUGACAUUAGAUAAUUGUGGAAGUGAAAAUGUAUUUAACUUUACAUUUAGUAAUUUAUUCUAUUUCAAUUAAUAUUGUUUACUUGAUGCAACUGAAGGAUAUUAAUGUCCCACCUGAACAUAUGGGAUACAUAUUUAAUUUAUUUCCCAGCCUAGCUGAAAGUUGUAAAGUUGAUUCUGAUUGUGUAUAUAAAAAUAUUAUUGGAUACAAAUCGUGUUGGGGUUACGAACCUGGAUGCAACAAGAAUGUUUCUUACCAUGUCAGGCCUCGCUGCCCUGGCGAUCACAGAGGAUGGGUAAGGACAAAAGAGGCCCAGUAUGACACAUUUUAUACACAAGCAGAUUUUGGUUAUGUGAAAGAUCAGAUAGAAGAAUUACAAGUCAUGUGUGAAGCGUCAUAUCUUCAUGACAGUUCCUUAGAAUGUUCAAAAUAUUUAAGGUUCUGUAGAGGAAGAAAUUUAAUGCUGAAUUUUACUGGUUUAAUUGGCCGAAGUGAUAAUUUGCGUUAUAAAAUGGAUAUUUUAUCUGAAGGACAAAUUGGAGGUUAUUGUAAUUACUAUGAAGACAGGCUCAAAGUUGAAGCUGAACAUAUGAGUGCUUUACAAUCAUGGGCUCCGGAAAUGGUGAAUUUUAUAAAAACUCCUUAUAGGCCUAUCUUUGACGAAAAAUGUGAUAUUGUUAUUGAGAAACCAACAUACAUAAUGAAAUUGGAUGCCACUGUAAAUAUGUACCAUCACUUCUGUGACUUCUUCAACCUUUAUGCAUCACUUCACGUCAAUUCCACACAUCCAUCCACUUUCACUAAAGACAAUCAUAUUCUUAUUUGGGAGACUUUUACUUAUGAUUCCGCUUUCAAAGAUGCAUUCAAAGCAUUCACUUCAAACAAGAUUUGGGAUUUGAAGAAAUUUCGAGGAAAAAUAGCAUGUUUUAGAAAUGUUGUCUUUCCCCUUUUGCCUAGAAUGAUAUUUGGUUUAUAUUAUAACACACCUUUAAUAUAUGGUUGCGAAAGAAGUGGUUUGUUCCAUGCAUUUUCUAAACAUUUAUUGCACUCUCUAGAGAUUAAACUUCAAACCCGAAGCAAUGAUAAGAUAAGGGUGACAUUACUGUCUCGAGGAACAACAUAUAGAGCCAUACUCAAUGAGAAGGAGAUAGUUGAAGCGUUACUUAAAGUGAAAGGUUACCAUGUGCAACGGGUUGUGUAUGACAGAACAGUACCGUUCACCGAGCAGUUAGAGAUAACGCAUAAUACGGAUGUGUUUAUCGGUAUGCAUGGUGCUGGAUUAACUCAUCUUCUCUUCUUACCUGACUGGGCUGCUGUGUUUGAAGUAUACAACUGUGAGGAUCCUAAUUGUUACUCAGACUUAGCCAGGCUCCGUGGUCUUAAAUAUGUAACCUGGGAGAAGAAAAAUAAACUAAGCCAACAAGACAAGGGUCACGGACCUGGUGGUGCUUCUCAUGCUAAAUUCACUAAUUACUCCUUCGACGUGGUGGAGUUCUUAAGGCUUGUGGAGGUUUGUGCGGCUCAUGUCAGGUCGCGGAAGGAUUUCAAGAAUUUUGUCGAAGCAUCUAUGAAGAAAUCAGUACACGAGGAGCUAUAGAAAUUGGUAAACAGCUAUUGUACAGUUUCCGUCCUUUUAAUCGUAAUAUUUCUAGUAAAACUAGCGGAAUUAAAAAAAAUAGCCUAAGUUACUCCUGCAUACAUAAACUACCCACUAGUGAAUGUUCCUUAAAAAUCGGUCCUUGCGGACUUAUUCGUGGACAGACAAAAUUUUAAUAGUUGGAUUUUUGUUAUGAGUGAGUUAAAUACAUCAUUUUUGCCUAAUAUGAUAUAAA